AAAAUAAACCUGGCUGCUGCAGCCGCGGCAGGGCUAGCAAUGCGUCUCACACAGCUAAACGUUCAAGUCAGUGGAGGAAAACUGGAUCCAACAAAAGGCCUUUUCGCACCAAUGAGCAGUCAGGACGUCUACGUGCCCGUCACGCCGGGGAUCACCUUCCACUUCGAGAACUACGGAACCAAUGAGAUCCGCGGUCUUUACGACAUGUUCAUCUUCUCCAUCAAUCUGGAGGCCUCUGGCGCCCGUCGAAAUGUCUCCCAGAUGACUUUCGAUGAGACAUUCCUGCUGACCGAUGUGAUUCUUUGGCCGCUCGUUGCGGUACGGAGAAGAGCCAAAAAGGUUUGGCCCGAGGGAAGUACUGGGCCGAACCACAACCCCUGCCUAAUUUAUGACUGUGCAAUGACCGAUACCGUUCAGGCAAUUUCUCUCAUUCUCCUGGGAGGAUUCAUCAUCGUCGGCGUCACCAACCUCGCCAGGGUUACGUACCGCAGGUAG